CUCCAUCUGACUUUGGCACGCGGUUACGCACUGAACGCAGCGUUUUACGCAUUUGUGGAUUUCUAGAAACCCCCAUGUAUAAAUGGCUGCGUUAACUUUAUCCAGAGCGGACAAUUUCCUGCACAAUUUUUUACAGGAUCGCACUCCCAGCUCCUCUCCUGAAAGUGGUCCCAACACCCUUUCCUUUUUGGCCACCACAUGCAGUCAGGCUUGGCAAGAGGGCUCGCAGCUCCCUUACGAAGGGCCAGUGGGAUCCGCGUCUAGCAUGUUUCAGCUCUGGAGCAAUGACGUGGCACCUAACUCCAGCCUGAGUGCUCACCAGAUGACCUUCUCUGUGCCCAAGGUGCAAUUCCCUGGACAUAUACAGCCCAGUCUGGGCUCCCAUGCCCAUCAUCACCACCAUCACCACCACCACCACCAUGAGUUGCCCCUGACUCCUCCAGCUGAGCCACCGGCUGCCUACUUGUUCGAGAUGUCUCCAGUAAAGAUGCUCUCCUCGCAGGCACAAGGGAAUGCACCAUACUAUACACAGCAUAAUGCUGUGGGUCAGAACUUUCCCAGCUUUCUUCAGAACACUUCAGCCAGACCUCACCUGCCUGGAGGGCAUGUUGAGGAUGGCCAGCAGUGGUGGAGUCUCCCCCAGAGUAACAGCACAGCCUCUGGUCACCCAUUCUCCCAGGGUAGGCAGCUGGUUUUGGGCCACCAGCCCCAAAUUGCUGCCUUGCUGCAGGGCACCUCCAAGGGUUUGUUGAGCUCAACUCGCCGAUGCCGCAGGUGCAAAUGCCCAAACUGCCAAUCUACAGGAAAUGGCAGUGCUUCUCUGGAGUUUGGCAAGAGAAGAUUGCACAUUUGCCACAUUCCUGAUUGUGGCAAGGUGUACAAAAAGACCUCACACCUUAAGGCGCACCUGCGCUGGCACGCUGGUGAGCGACCCUUCAUCUGCAACUGGCUGUUCUGUGGGAAAAGCUUCACACGCUCAGAUGAGCUCCAGCGGCAUCUUCGCACACACACGGGGGAGAAGCGCUUCGGCUGCCAGCAGUGUGGGAAAAGGUUCAUGCGUAGUGAUCACCUCUCCAAACAUGUGAAGACCCACCAGAGCAGGAAGAGCAGGUCCAGCCAGCCUGAUGCACUGCUAAGCAAUAUCAAAAGAGAGUAACUGGACUGUAGAGAAGGGAAUGCAAUAAGAACUCAUUUGAGAGUCAUUGGACUAUCAGGGAAGAGACCAAUCUGCUAACGUUUUGUCACUUUUAUUUCACUUCAAUGACAUAAAAAGUGUGUGACAUUUAAAAUGUUUUAAUGUAAAGGUGAAGCGAUUUAACAGAUAUUCCAAGAAGCAAUAGGAAUA